GGAGAGAAUUUUUGUGUUUCUAGCAGACUAUGGAUAAAGUGAAUAUGGAAUAGUAAUUGAUAAAUAACAUAUAGAGGAUAUAUAUUUAAGUAAACACAAAUAUAUCUACUGGUAAGCCGUUUCAAGAGAUAGGCAAGGAAGGUGUGAGACAUAAGGAAAUCGUAUGUCGGAUGGUGAAAAGGAGCAAAAAAGCAGUACGAUCUCUUAUGAAAUGUGUAACAUUUGAAACAGUUUACAAGAAAUAAAUUUGAAAUAUAUAUACAAAAAAAACAAGGAAAUGAAAUAAAUUUGCUUCUAUGGUAUAAAAUAUUGAAUAACUAUGUUUAUUAAAUUGAGCUAAAAUAACAGCAUGAAUUUUACUCGCUGCUUUUCAUGGGAUUUCGUGGCAUAUUGGACACAAUGGGUUAAUAAAUUGAAAUUCCCGCCCAUAUUUUUAUUCUACAGAGGCGCUGCGGGCGCUAAAGAGACAAUCUUCAGACAAAAGAAAAAUAUUGUCAUUUUUGUUGUGAGUUUUUGCACUCAAUUUUCCCUUCAAUUUCUGGCCUGGCCAGUCAUGGAUGGGAAUUCGAGGUCAAUUUGUCGGAUCUGUUUGAAUCCCAAGAAGCGACUUCUGGGCAUCGCUGAAACAGUCUUCGAGGCUCUUUCUUAUGAUAAAAUCUAUUCAGAGUGCAUAGGCAGGAGUCUAAGAGACUUCCAGAGUCAUCCCAAUUGCAUCUGCAAGCAGUGUGAGAAUGAGAUGAUCAUCGCGUAUCAGUUCCGGAGGAAGUGCCUCGAGGCCGAGGAGAAACUCACCGCUAUGGAAGAAGAAGUGGACAAACCGGUGUUUGUGGAAGUCAAGGAAGAGCUAGAGUCAAACAUCAGUGAUAAUGAUUUCGUGGAGGCCCCAAGACGUCGUCGAGUAGCGGCUGAGGAUAUGAAGAAUCCGUGGUCGUGUGAAGUUUGUGGUCGACGAUAUCCCAAUAGAUCCUCAAUGAAUGCCCAUCGAUCUUAUGCCCACAAGCUGAAACCUGAGAUUAUCCCGUGCAAGCGCUGCGGAAAGACGUUCAAGAGCAGGACUGAGAAGACUGGGCAUGAGUGCACGCGGCAUUGUGUGCAGUGCGACAAGAUGAUCAGCGGGAAACACUUUGCCACGCACGAAAUGCGCCACAGAAGCACCGAAAAGGCCUUCAAGUGUGACCAAUGUUCCAAGGAGUAUCACACACCGGCGGAUCUGAAUGGGCACAAGCUCUCGGCUCACGUGAAGGGCGAAAGCACACUUUGCGUCGUGUGCGGGAAGAUGGUGAAGCAGCUGAACCUCAAGAUGCACCUCCGGACGCACGAGCCGCGCUCCGAGGCAGAGAAGAGGAGCUUCGCCUGCGCGGAGUGCAGCAAAGUGUACUGCUCAGCGGCUAGCCUGAAAUCCCACUUUGAGAGCGUCCAUCUCGGCAUGAAGAGACUGAAAGUAAAGUGUCCACACUGCGAGAUGCGUUUCAAGGGUCACUCGGAGCGCACGGCGCACAUCUACAAGUACCACCUGAAGAAGGCUCUAUUCAGCUGCCACCACUGCCGGAAGGACUUCUACCACCGCAACAACUACACCAACCACAUCAAGGUGCACCACAGCUUCGAGAAGCUCUUCCACUGCGGCGUCUGCAACAAGGCCUUCGCCCUGGAUUCGCGGCGCAAGUUGCACGAGGCAUACCACUCAGACGAGCGUCGCUACAUGUGUGCCACAUGCUCCAAAUCCUUCAAGUUGCGCAACCAUUUGGUGCGCCACAUGCGCGGCCACACGGGCGAGAAGAGCUUUACCUGUCCAUAUUGCAGCAAUCUCUUCUACUCCAUCCGCAGCGUGCGCGGCCACGUGAAGCGAGACCAUCCGGACCAGCAAGUCCCACCACCGGGCACAAUUUUGUCCAAGAAGAAACUCGAGCAAUUGGCCAAGGAUCGAGAGCUGGAGGAGUCGCUCCUCAGCAUUCCAGUGGAUCCACAGCUCCUGCCGCCCAGCAUUCAGCAGAAGCUCCAGAGCGAGCUCGAGAGCUGUACAAAUGUUCAGUAG